CUGGACUCAGGGUCUCCUCCCCCUUCUCCUCCUUGGUUUAAUUGCGAUAGGCGCAAAGUGGUGCCGGAUCCAAUCUGGCCUUGUCUGACGGGUUUCUUAGCGUUCGAAACCUGAAGGCCCCGACUCCGAGGGUCCUUUCAGGCCUCAGGCGCCCGCGUCGAUUGGCCGCCGGCUGCGCUUCUUCCCCGCGAUGGACGGGGCGCUAGUCCCGUUCGGGCAAUCGCAGGGGUUAUUUUUAGCAGGAGUCGGCGGGAUCUGCAGCGCCGGUGCCGUUUCGGGAUUGGGGCCGUGGUCAGGUGAGGGAGGGGGUUGGUGUGGGCGCGUCGAUUCGGAGCCGACACGGUGGUAUCAAUCAAUCAAUGCAUCAAUCGUCAGGUCGAUUAAUCUAUCCGAUGAAGCCUCCCCUCUGGUGCAGACUCCCCGGAGGAAACAGGAUGGUCGGGCCAGAUGCCAGGGCAGACAGCCGGCAAGGCAAAAAAGGCGUCACGAUGAUGCAUUCAAGUCAUGCCGAUCAGACGUUCGAAGUGCAAACAAUCGGGCUGAUCAUCCGAACUGAGGUGGUAAGGUAUUCUGGCCCAGGAAUGCCGAAAUACUACCCUCAUCAGCGUAGUAUUCGACUGAUGUAUGUUUGUACUGCGUAGUCAGGCUUACAAGGGUACUACUCCAUACGCAUGCACCGCAUGGUCCAAUGAUCAA